AUGGACGCAGGAGUCGCACCCACGGAUGAUACAAAGGUUCUCGACAGCAGUGAUAAUGUUGCCACAAAGCCUGCCACAAAGUCGGAUUUACGCCAUUCACAGCGCAAGAAGCUCAGUGCUGCGGCCACCGCCAAGAGAUCCGCUGCCAAAGAUGCUGGCACCGAGGGUACCAACGGUGCUUUUGCUACCCCCGAUGGCAAUAGAGAUGAUAUGGCUCUGGAUGCCAUCUUGAAGACUACCACCAAGGCUAAGCCUUCUUUGCGUCGUUCGCAGGUUCAUCUGGCCAAAGAUGCAGCCGAAGCCAAGAAUGCCGUUGCCGAGGAUGUUGGUGAUACUCCAGAGCCUUCUUGUCACUCUCGCAAGCGCAAGGCAAAGGAGGACAUCAAAGAUCUAUCUAAAGAUGGCAAGACCAAGGCUGUGGAACCUACUCAUAACAAUUUGGAGAGUGACAAGGUUAAGAAGGCUUGCUUCAGCUGGCUGCCCGAACCAGAGAUUGCUCGGGGAAUUUCACAGGAAGAUUUCAUGAUUCUCAAGGAACGUGCCUCCCACAGCGAGACCGGGGUUAUGGCUGGCUUCUUGGCCGACCUAAAGAGCCUGGAAAAGGGUAUUGACCCUUACCCCCUUUGA